AUGUGGAAAAGUGAUUUAACCUAUGUACAUGUGAAAUUUCGGACUUUUAUUUUCACUUCAUUUCUUUUUGUUUUCUUUUACGACGGAGACAGCUGUUUUAUUCAAAUUGAAGGUCACUGGCAUUGCAGGAAAUUAGCUCUCGCGAGUGCGGCUCCUUUAGAGCAUCUGCAGCACGAAGGUGUUCAGUUUUGGCUAACCGAAAAAUACCCUAAAAAAUUUCAAAGUUCUUAUUGUAAAGCUAUGUAUUUCAACACAGAUCUUCAUUAUACACUACUUUUUUCGCCUUGGGUUAUAGACACUCUUGGAAAAGCAAUUGUGGCAUGUCUUGGUUCAUUUUUGUUCGCCAUUAUAUAUGAAGCAUUGGAAGCUUUAAGACAUAAUUUACUUCUACGCGCAGCGUGUAACAAUCGAUGUCCUCUACCAUAUAAUUCAACAAUGCAUAAGGAUAAUUCAUUUGGUGGUGGUAGUUCAGCAUGUCCCGGUUGUUCAAUUCCAUCGGAUAACAAUUCGAACAAGGUUUAUCUCAAUCCACCUGAUGCAAAUGAUGAAAUACACGUGAAUGUUGUUCCGAAUUCCUACCUCCAGAGACUUCGUUCCUUUUGUUCAGGAUAUCAUCUAGUUCAAACAUUUCUACAUAUGCUGCAUACAUUCAUGGGUUAUAUGCUAAUGUUAAUCGUGAUGACAUACAAUGUCUACUUGUUAUUGGCUGUUAUAUUCGGUUUCACAUUGGGUUAUUUCUUGUUUGCACAAAAUCGAGCUUUACUCCUCAGAUCGCAUAGUUGUUGUCAUUAAAGUAUGCAUUAAUUUAGUAGUUGUUUGUUUGUCAGAAUUAGUUUUCUCUCUAACGGUGAUUUAUGAAAAUUUAUUGAUCUCUUUGUUACUUUCUGUAUUUGUGCUUCUUACGACUAUAUGCCUUUCAUAUAUGGAUAUUGUCUUGACACAGGUGUUCAAGUUCUCCCUUUGUACUCUAUCUAUUAUUUUGUCAAGCUCUCCUUGGUUAACAUGUGUAUAUGUAUGUUUGUUUGUUUUUUCGUUGUUCUUGUCGUUGUCUUUCUUAUUCCCCUGUAUUACCUACCACCUAGUGAACUUUAUUUUGUGUGGAAAUCUUAGCAUUAUUUUCAGCUAAUGUACGUCACACACACACACUAGUGAUUUCUAUUGCUUUCAGUUUACAGUACUUAAUGAGAGCUUAUCUUAACUGAUGUCAUACUUUUUCCCCGCUUUUUCCCUUCUACUCUUUCUUGGCUUCUUUUGCAUUGUUAAUCCCUCCUCCCUCCUCGCCAUUCCCAAACCCCGUCCGUAGCUAUCUAUAACAUUUAUGUUGUUUGCAAAUAUUGUGUUUUAAUAUUUUUUGUUUGUUUUUUUCUAGGCUGAUUUAUUGUUGU